AUGAAGGAGGAGCCGGUUGACGUGGAGGAUCUUAGCAGCUGGAUCCCAUGCAGGAUGGUCGGUCGCUUCGCCCCUGUGCAGGGCUUCUUCCUCGCUGACGGCGCCUUCGUCCGCUUCAAGAGCGCUGCGAGCCUGAGACAGCUGUCUACCGACCUCGCGGUGCCCACCAGCUCCAUCAUGGCGUGUACCACGGAGGGAUGCGCGCUCUCUGUCGCCGUUCUCGGCAUGGCGGGGAAGGGCCUUUCCUUCGAGUACCACUCUCCUGCGCUCUGCUGCCAGGCGGCUCUGCUCCUUGCUCAGGCAGGGGAAGGGAGCGAGGAGCCCCUGGCGACUGACACGCCGAGUCAGAGGGAGGAGGAAGCUGACUGUGCCGUUCUGGACGAGGUCAUCCUGAGCAGUCGACUUGGCCCCCUGGUAGGGGAGGAGCUGCGGCUGCUUGCAUGGGAGAGGUGCAUGUGCACGUCGGGUACUGAGGCAACGAAGGCCAUGCAGAGGCCGGGAGUACUGUAUGUGUGCGAGAAAGCGCUGUUCUUCGUGCCGGAUCGCUACUGCAAGAGCAACUCGAUCUCUUCUCUCAAGAGAAACUCCGUCAUCAUCUCCAUCAAGGACAUCUUGAACGUGCUCGAAGUUUUCGGUGGGAUUGUUGUGGAGUGCAGGAGGGAAAAAUCUUCGACGGCUGCACGCGUGAUGUUUCAGUUCAGCCUUGACAAAGACUGGGAGGCACUUCUAAAGAGUAUCUUGUCUGCCCGUAGGUACUGUCAGUCUCUCAACUACAUCGCGGGGAUUGUUGUUACUCUUUUCGACGAUGAGGAGGAUUGUUUUUGGGUUUUUCUUGCCAUCUUACACAACGUGAUGCCGAAGAGUUACUAUGCCGACCUCUCGGGAGUCCUGCAAGACGUCAGGGUAGCAAGAGUUGAAGUUGAGGUCAAAGUGUUGAACCUCCUCCUCGAAAGCAACUUGAAGUCGGUGAAGGACAAGCUUGAGCUCGUACACCUUCCGCUCUCCUCCUUCGCUGCCCAGUGGUUCAUGUGUGCAUACGUCAACGUCCUGCCUCCUACCUCGGUCAUCAGGAUUUGGGACUUCAUCUUCGUAGAAGGAGCUGUCGCGCUCUUUCGCGUCGCACUUGCGCUCCUGAAAGCGGUCGAAGGGGAACUGAGCAUGGCGGUGGAGAUGGAGGAUGCGCUGAUGGCGCUGCAGAGGUCAAAGAGCUUAGAAAUCGAGACGAUCCUGCAGAUCGCUCAGGCUUGUUUCGGGGAGCAAGUGGUCGACCUCUCGCUCCUGAUGCAGUUGAGGCAUCGUGUCUUGUUGUCCAACUCAAAGCAUUGA